UUUAUAGCAAGCCGAAUAGCAUAAUCGUCGUUUAGGGACCAUUAUGUUGCCGGGAUCGGCGGAAGCUGGCAAACAAAGAAUUAUACCCACCUCCACUUCAGCAUUGUGCUUCCUACAAAACUCAGCCCACUUGCAAACUGAACUAACCUGUUGCUCGUCAAUAAGAAGGGUGUCGGCUUCUGACUCCGGCAAAAGAUCCCGACGUUUUCAUGUUAGAAGGUUGAGUCUUAUUUUUCAUUUUCUGAUACUUUCUUUACUCCCUACUCGUCAGAGAUACAGUUCAAGAUGGCAAAGACCGCAGCCCUAGUCUUCUUUACAUUUUCUUCGAUUGUUUUUGCUGAGGAUCCAGAGCAAUCACCCGAAGAUGAUCCUUUCACCUUUGAUUAUCACAGACUUCGUGUUGGGGGUUUGAUCCUGGCAGCAGUCCUGUGUCUGAUCGGUAUCACCAUUCUUCUCAGUGGACAUUGCAGAUGCAAAUUCAACCAAGACAAAAGGAGAAGAACUGGUAGCAGCGCAGCUUCACAGAUGCUCAAUGACCAGGGUCGAUCCAGUGAAUGCUAAGAACCAAGUAAAAGACUGUUUGCCAGCAGACCAUUAUUGCUGAAGUUAAUUUGAAAGCAGCAAAUUUCUAACAGGGUGGUGUCCAAUUCAUUUCUAGCCAUUGGUUGCCAGUUGAGAGUUGGGGCUUUGUUGCCAAGGGAAGUGUCACUUGUGGACAUGCACACUGUUUUACCUAUGCACGUGUACUGCCCAGCACUUAUGUUGUAAACAUAAAAUGUAACAGCUGAGUAUUAGCUGCCAGCAUUUAAAGCCUGAAACCUU